GCCCGCCCAGUCCACCGCCCAUUCUUCACCGCCGCAGAACACCAAUAGCCUCCCUCCCUCCCCCCGCCUCUUUCUCGAGAAGAGAAACAGCGCUCGCAUCCAUCGAGGAGCUUGCUGGUCGGAGUAGGAUUACUCAUCAUCCUUCUGUUCUGACCAUGGACAUGGACGCCGCGCAUGGCCACUACCCGUGGCUCAACUUCUCCCUCGCUCACCACUGCGAGAUGGAGGAGGAGGAGCGGGGAGCGGCCGCCGAGCUGGCCGCCAUCGCCGGGGCCGGGCCGCCGCCCAAGCUCGAGGACUUCCUCGGGGGCGGCGCCAACCGCAACGGGGGGAGUAAUAAUGGCGCCGACCAGGCUGUUUCUGCAGCGACGGCGGAGAUGUACGACUCGGAGCUCAAGUUCUUGGCCGCCGGAUUCCUGAGCGGCUCUGCCGGAACCACGGCGCCCACCGUGUCCCCGGCGGCGGCUCCUCAGGAGCAGGCCGACCCGAAGAUGCCGGCCCCGGCGCCGGAGCAGAAGAAGGCCGUCGACUCCUUCGGCCAGAGGACCUCCAUCUACCGUGGCGUCACGCGGCACCGUUGGACGGGAAGGUAUGAGGCGCAUCUGUGGGACAACAGCUGCCGUCGUGAAGGCCAGAGCCGCAAGGGCCGGCAAGUGUACCUCGGUGGCUAUGAUAAGGAGGAGAAGGCGGCAAGGGCGUACGAUCUUGCCGCGUUGAAGUACUGGGGGUCUAGCACCACCACCAACUUCCCGGUUGCCGACUAUGAAAAGGAGGUGGAGGAGAUGAAGCACAUGACACGCCAGGAGUUUGUAGCUUCACUUAGGAGGAAGAGUAGUGGAUUCUCCCGUGGCGCUUCCAUAUACAGGGGUGUCACAAGACAUCACCAGCAUGGUCGAUGGCAGGCGAGGAUCGGACGGGUUGCCGGCAACAAGGACCUAUACCUCGGAACAUUCAGCACCGAGGAGGAAGCCGCGGAGGCCUACGACAUCGCGGCGAUCAAGUUCCGGGGCCUGAACGCGGUGACCAACUUCGAGAUCGGCCGGUACAACGUGGAGAGCAUCAUCAGCAGCAACCUCCCGAUCGGCAACAUGUCCGGCGGCGCAGGGCGGGGCAGCAAGGCCCUGGAGUCCAGCUCCCCGGAGGCCGCCGCAUUGCCCGUGGAAGCGCCGCACGCGCUGGCGUUCACGGCGCUGCCGAUGAAGUACGACCAGCAGCAGCAGGACUACCUGUCGUUCCUGGCCCUGCAGCACCACCAGCAGGGCAACCUGCAGGGGCUGGGCUACGGGCUCUACAGCUCCGGCGUCAACCUCGACUUCGCCAACGCCGGCGCAGGCGGCGGCGCGAUGGCGCCUCACUGCUACGGCAGCAACGGCGUCGACUUGCAUCUUCAGCAGCACGAUGAUCAGCAGCAGCAGCAGCACGAGGGGCAGGAGCAGCAGCAGCAGCAGCAUGAUCACCACCAGUCCAUGGGGUUCGGCACGUCGACGCCCAUGGCGGCUUUCAGCAGCGGCGGGCCCUAUGAAAGCUCGGUGACGGCAGGGUCCUUUGGAUACUACCCAAAUGUGGCAGCCUUUCAGACGCCGAUCUUUGGAAUGGAAUGAUUCGGGGCGGUGGAGGCCCUGAUGUCUUUGAUGAGAUCAAAGACUGCUUGCUUGCUGACAUAGUUCUCACAAUUCACACAACACAACAAGGAAUUAAAGAGGAUGAGGAGUUAAAAGAGGAUGAGGAGGAAGGGGUGGUGGGUAGGGUACGGCACGACGAUAUGGUGCAAACAUAGGAAGCAGCAUGCAUGGACGAGACGCUGACAGAUGAGACGCAGGGGAGAAGAAGACCCCCGCCGCUGCGCUAACAACAAGCAAAGCAGGCUAGCUAGCGUUUGUUUCUGGUUGUAAUUUCUGAACUUUUCUUCUCUUUUUUCCCUUUCGUAGCUUUGGCCACUUUGCGUUUGUGAUGGUCCGGGCUUUGUUGUUUGCUGCCCCUUUGAGAGCUUAGCUUUGUCUUCUUUCUGCUGACAUGAUUCUGCUGGAGCCAUCAUAGUUUUAGCCAGCCAGCAAGCAAGCCAGCUCUGUGUAAUGGAAGCAGAGCAGGGACAUCUUUGUAGCUUUUGCUCUUUUGCGUCUUUUCUCUAGCUAGAUCGAUCGCUUUAAAUUAGUGCCCCACCCCCCUGCAAUGUACUCCUGGGCUGGCAUGGUUGCUCCAGGGUUGUUAGUCAGAGAGGAUAUAUAUAAAUUCCAAGGUUCUUGUUUA